CACGACUUGGGAAACAACGGGGCUCGUCGACGGUGGCUUUGUUUAUAAACGCGAUGGGGCUAUUUGUGCCUGUGACCGUUGUACAGUAGCAUAUCCGUAGACACUAGCCCUUUCAUCCUUUUCUGCUUUGUUGUUGCUCGACCUCGUCGUCGUUUGCAAGCGCCACCCUCCCUCCACACGACGCGAUUGUUGGUGAUAUCUGCUCUCUGCCUUUUCUUCUUCCUGUUCUGAAUACCCCGUAUCGCCUCCUCGUGCUAAACAGUGUACUUUUUAUUGUCGACUCUGGAGCUUGUCGCCAUGGCGGACUCGAACCUCCCUAUUGCUGUAAGACGUACUCGUCGCAGCAAUGCCCGUUUGAUCAAGCUCGAAGACACAUCCGCAGAAUGCCCUCUUCCUCCCAAGACUCCAGGAAGGAGAAGGCGUUCUGUCCGCUUCUCUGAGCCAGGACCCGAGUCCGGCCUAACGCCCAUGAUGCGUCGAACCUCGAUGCUUACUCCCAAAUCUCGUCGAUCUUCAACACCUUCUCUUGGCCGACGACACAGUACCCCUUCUUCGAUCCACGGUACGACUUGUCGGUCGCUUUCCUUUUCAGACCCCAUUCACCACACAAUGGACGGACGCGUCGAACGGCGGGUCAGACGAAAUGGCAUGCGAGACAUGCUGAACAAGCUCGAUUUUGAAAAGAGGCGCAUGGUUCAGCUGUCAAGAGCCGAGAUUGGGCGUCUCCAAGACGAAGUCAAGGCCCGUGAUAAAGAAAUCCACGAGCUUCAAAACGCCACCAUUGUGAUUGACACGGAAAGAAUAUGGGAUCUGGAGAAUCAGGUUGACCGUUUGAAGCGCGAGCUUCAAGAGAAGGAGAGACAGGAGCGCGAGGAUACCAUGGAGCACGACUGGACAAUGGCUGCACGAGGCCCCUAUAAUGAUGAGUAUACAGACAUGAUUGUUGACGACGAUCAUUUUGGCAAUGAGACAAUGGCACAACUUGGAGCAAGCACGCCGUCUCGUGCAAGAUCUUCCUUUCCUACACCACCGGCCACUAGCCCAACUGUCCCUGCGACACCUUGUUCGCUGCGUUUUCCUUCACCAAACAGCCAUGCCGGCGUCCAGACUUCGCUGCCCGAUAAAGAAAAGCUGCAAAUGGAAGAGGAUCUGGCUUCAUUGCAACUCGAAGUUGCCAAGUUAACCACAACCCUGGAAUCCUACAAAGCCACGCAUUCUCGCAUGGCUUUACGCCUUUCUUCCGCUGAGGCUGCCCAAGCUUCUGGAUCUGAGCUGCUUGACAGCAUCGAAAACGAGCUUGCUUCGCUGAUGCAGUCGGCCACCGAUAAAAACGCUGCUCUCGCAGAUCUGUCGGCAUUAAUUUCUAAACUUGGAUUCCCGGGAAAGGAUGUUGGAGAAAUGGUUGCGUCAGUUUCGUCUGGCUUCCGCGCGGCACGCCUUGAGCUGGAGUACCUGACACCUGGCGAACUGACACUGCCGCUCACGUCACAUGGUGCCGAAGUGCUUGACCUCCUCCUCACACGACUACGAGAACUUGCCUCCAAAUCCAAGGAAGACGACACAAGCAUUGAUGAAUACCACCACAUCGAACAAUCUCUGCGCAAGCAGCUCGAUGCACGUGUCUCCGCCAUGGAUGCUCUACAUGCAGAGCUCACAAAGGCCAAGGCACUGCUGGAAGAAAAGACAACCGAGGUCGAGCAGCUUAAGCAUGGCAACAGUCGAUUCCAAGGGGCCAUCAAGUCCUACAUUCGCGAUAUUUCAGAGCUUGAAGCGCUUGUGGAACAACUCGACAAGGAUCGUCAAGAGGCAGCUAUCAAGACAAAGAUGCAGCAAGACGAAACAGAAGAAGAGCUGGCCAUUAAGAACAAGGCAAUUGAUGAACUAGACCAGAAAAUGCUUGAGUCCGUCAAACAGACAGAACAAUUGCUGCAAGAAAUCUCUGAUAUGGAGGAUCAUCACGUUAAGCGCGUGGCUGGUCUCAACAAGCAACAUGGCCAGGCCCUAGCUUUACGUGAUGCCAGAGUUAUGGAACUCCGUGUGGAAAUCGACCGUGUCAACGAGGCCAUCCGUGCCGCUCACGAGUCGAUCCGCGUGCUGCGUGUUCAAAACGGCGCGCUACAGACUAAGAUGGCAGGCGAGCGGCUCAAGGCCAAGCAAGCUCUGGACUCCAUGAAGGCAGAGCUCGAGCGUGUGCUUGAGAUGAGUAACGGGCUCCUCAGUAGCCCAAAGCCCGAAACUCGGCUGAAAUCUAGCCCCUUCAGAUCCGGUUCUAAACGUUCAUCGGACGAGAGCGAUGAAAGCAGAAUCGGUAGCCUUGCGCCUCGAGAAAGCAACACCAAGAAGGCAAGACGACGCCCAGAUAGCGGUCUUGGUCUCCUAGAGGAAGACAACACGACAUUUUAAAUUCAACAAUCUAAAAACAAGAAACUGUUUUCGAAGGCGUGGAUGAUUUUAAGGAGUUAUUCUCAUUCUUUUUAUUCUCUUUUUUCAUAUUUCCUUUAUACUUGUAAGCAUAGGCAGGAGUCGCAUUCACCGCAUGAUAGAAAUCCCAUACAAUAAAGUUUAUCCCAAUAUUGAGCCUGGGGCAAGUUGCUAGCCAGUCUAUAAGUAAUCUAUAACCAAGAAAGACAACAAAGCACUCUAUAAAGUAGCCUACAACUAAAAAGAAAAAAAGAAAAAAAGAAAAAUGAGCUAGGUACAACUAAAAUCACCUGUAGUCGUCCCUUACUUUGCCAGCUCAGAGUUGGUGACAAAGUGUUUGCCCGUCUGUUUCGUGUUGGACAGGAUGGUGAUGUCCCCCGGAUCCUUGACUGUAAGGCUUAGCGAGUACGUAGGCGCCAGCCCUGACCACGAGUGCACCAGCAACAACCGCAUAGGCACAGGAGUUCCCACCUGCUGCUGCUGCACCUCCACGGUAAACUUCUUCUCAGGAGCGCCUCGCCAAGCAAUUAGAUCCGCGUUGUCGUUACCCCAGCCAUCGCUAGCCUUUGCCUUAUCUCCCAUCCAGAGAUAGGCAGCGUCGUAGGCGGCGCUGAUGGAAAAGACAUAAGCGCCGGCCAUGUUAGGGACGAAGUAGCUGGUGUACUGCACCGCCAUGAACCUGGGGUUAUACUGGGGAUAUGUUUUACCAAAUAGUCGCAGCUGCUCGCCUGCCGUCACAGGCUGGUGCACAAGCUGGGAGACCCCAUCCAGUAAGGGCUUACGAUGGCUCAGGGCACGACGGACGUUGGUGCGCUUCGAUGCCCACUCUUGCGCGCCGCUGUUUAUAAACUUGCUAGCGUCUUCAACGGAAUAGGCAGACACGUUGCCGUUGCCGUUACCUUCGUCCAGGCCAAAGUACUGCCAUGUGAAGCCCUGCUGGACGGAAAGAGGUGCGUCGACAGGCGACGCGGGGAAAUCAGAAGGGACGACGGGGGCAUCAAUGGACGUUGGUAAGCCCCAAUCAACGCCGCCACAGUCCGACACAAACUGGUCAUCAUACUGCGCAUCGGUCAUACCCAGGAUCGGUUUGUUUUUCGGGUCCGUAACCACCACCGAGUAGCUAGAGCACCACAUAGCCUCCGCCAUGAGAAUACGGAACGGGAUCAACUCUCCGGGCGUCGUCACGGUGAGCGAGAACGGCGCCCGUCCCGGUCCAGAAGGUGCGAUCCAGCUGGCCACGUCGGCGUUGCGCUGGUCCCAGCCUUUCACAGCCUUGUCACCGAGCCACACAAAGGCGGAAUCAUCAGCAUAGGGUACGCUGAACGUAUAGGUGCCUGCUGUCUUGGGUUUGAAGUAGCCAUAGUGCUGCAUGAUGAAGAAGCCGCGCUGCAACGCGCCAGUUCCAUCGGGCAGCACCGGGUUGCCGCAGUUGCCACCCCAUCCUACACGCUUGCUUAUACCCUCCUUUGUGGGCUUCUGCAGUGCCAGCGCCAUCGUCAAGUUGAGCAUGUCAUAUGUCCACUUUCGGCUAAUAAUAGGUUCGCCGUGGCGAGUGUGCCAGGGCAUAUGCCCGACGUCAUUGCCGUGGUCUAGCUGGUAGUAAGACCAGGCUAGACCAGAGCAGGAGGGGGUAGGCAACGCUGAGGUGGUUGUGGACGAAGCGGUGGUGGAUGAAGUGGUGGUGGAUGAAGUGGUGGUGGACGAGCUUGUCGUGAUAGCCGCGGAGGAGGAGACAGUGGACGAUGUAGAAGACGUAGACGUGGAAGAGAUUUUGGAGGCAGGCACGGAUGAGGAAGAUGAGGACACGGAGUAGGAAGAAGUGGAGGUGCUUGUCGUGACAAGCCCAGACGGCAUUGUGGACGAAGUAUAGGAAGUGGAUGAUGUGGGGGGCGGCGAGGAGGAAGAUACAGCAGAAGGCGAAGACGAACUCGUAACAGGCACAGAGGAUGAAGAGCUAGUUGACGUGGUAGUUGUAAUCUUAGCAUCAGGGGUAGUACUGGUGACUGGCGUGGACGACGUGCUGCUACUACUCUGUCCUAACUUGCUUGUCUCUGAAGAGCUGGGUUGUACUAUGCUUGAAGUUGUGGUGCUCGAAGUUGCAGUGCUCAAAGUUGAAGUGCUGGACUGAAAAGUCGACAAGCUCGAACUAGACGGCUCUGAGCUCGGUGUACUCGAAUAGGACGUUUUCAAAGCCGAAGACUUUGACUGAGAAGUUGAAAUACUGGAAGCGGAGCGGCUUGAGUUGCUGGUUGAACUGCUUGAGGCUGACGUGCUCGCCUCUGUCGAGCUUGCUUUGGACAUACUCGAGGCUGAGAUAUCUGGCACUGAAGAGGUUGACACUACCGAACUUGAGGUAAACGUACUCAAUGUUGGUGUACUUGACGAAGAUGUGCUUGAGGACGUGUUUGACAACACUGCGCUUGAGGAAGAUGUGGGCGUCUUAAUUGGUGUGAUGAUAACCUUGGUGCCUGGGUUGGUACCAGUUGGGGGAAUUGUCGACGUUAUGGGUCCCGUGAUAGUACCCGUUCCAGUACGAUACUGAGACUGAUUUGCUUGACGACGAGGCGUUUGUGGGUGUCGAGCUCACUUUGGAACUGGCUGAGACCGAACUACUCUGUGGUGAAGUACUAGACAAAGACAUGCUUGAUGAAGAUGCGGCUGUUUUAACUGGCGUAAUAACAACCUUGGUACCAGGAUUGGUACCGGAUGGGGGGAUCGUUGAUGUGAUGGGCGCUGUAAUGCUACCCGUUCCAGUGUAAGGAGCAGUGAUAGUGAUAUAUGUAUCGCUAGCUGUAGUAGUCGACGCCACGGUUGUAGAUUCUAAUGGCCCAGUGCUUGACAAAGAUAUCUUUGAGCUUGAUAAUGUCUUUGUAACGGGUGUGAUAAUAAUCUUGGUGCCAGGAUUGGUACCACUGGGCGAGAUAGUUGAUGUAAUAGGUGCCGUGAUACUGUCAGUGCCAGUGUAGGGAGCCGUGACAGUAACAUAGUUGUCUCGAGUUGUAGAGGUGGCUGAUACUACAAACGUUGAAGUAUCCCGAGUUACUGUGCUCGAAAUCGAAGUACGGGACGUGGAAGUCUUUAGCUUGGACGAUGUUGUGCUGACUGGUGUAAUGACCACUUUCGUGCCCGGAUUGGUACCACUUGGUGGGAUAGUAGACGUGGUGGGUGCAGAAAUACUGCCUGUGCCAGUGUAAGGCGCGGUGAUUGUGACAUAGUUGUCUGCGCUUGUAGUUGAAGUGUGAGAGACUCGUGUGCUUGAAGUUGAAGAGCUAGAGGUUGAAGUGCCUGGCAGGGUAGAUGUCCUGACAACAGGAGUGAUAACGAUCUUUGUACCCUUAUUCGUACCACUAGGCGAGAUCGUAGACGUGAUAACCGCUGUAAUACUGCCAGUGCCAGUGUAGGGAGAAGUGACGGUGGUAUAAUCGUCGCAUCUGCUGCUGCUGGACGACAACGCGGUUGCCAACGACUUCAGCCCUGUCGACGAUAUCAUCGUCGAGCAAGGUACAAGCACCAGGUAGGUCGUCACACAAACCGAGCAGCUUUGAGUAUCGGCAUGGGUAUUUGCAUUGGGGUAUGCAUAUGCUGCUGCAGCCAGAACCCCUAGAAGGGGGGUGGUAUUGCCACGCAUUGUUUUAUUUGGGGGUAGAACGACCAAUAUGAUUCAGAGAGUGUAUAGAAAGAGAGCAAGAACAGUC